GCCAUACUUUGAAGUCAACGUGGGAAAUCAGUCGCUCGACCACGCUGUGCCUAUAUAGAAGCUAAACUAUAAUACUUUGGGGGCAAGAACAUGAGAUAUAUGUAACCCAGUUCUCUGAAAGUGAGAUAGAUUAGGGAUAUUAAUGGGGGAAGAUAAAGGAACUGUUUGCGUCACAGGAGGAAAAAGCUACGUUGCCUCCUGGCUCAUCAAGAUGCUUCUCCAUCAGGGUUACUCUGUUCAUACCACUGUUCGAGCUGAUCCAGGAAACAAGAGAGACCUUAGCUUCCUCACCGGCCUUCCAGGAUCCGACGAGAAGCUCAAAAUUUUCGAUGCAGAUCUCGACAGUCCCGAUAGUUUUGACGCCGCAAUUGAAGGAUGCAAAGGAGUUAUCCAUGUUGCCGCUCCCGUGGAUUUCCCUGCCAAGGAUCCGGAGGCAGUCGUGACGCAAAGAGCAUAUGCAUCAUGGUGGUAAAUGUAUGCAAACAAU